CCCCCCUUCACAUUGUCUUACCUUCUUUGCAUCCGCAUCACUGUCCCUCUUUCUCUCUCUUUUUGGCUUCCGGUACAGGAAUACCAUCCCUUCUUUCUUUGUGGACUUGUCCAUACACACUCUUUUUCUGAUAUCCAGAGCAUCUAGAGUCCGUGACUCGAUACCUUCAUUCACACACACAGCUCACUCCUUUUUUGCUGUUUUACGACACAGAUUCACUGUACAGACACCUGAACAUUGUCAUUAAGCCAUCAUGCGUUUCAACGUUGUAUCUCUCACGGCUGGCUUUGCCGCCACUGCCUCAGCUCAGUGCUAUGGCAACUACUUUAGCUUCUACAACCGCAACGGUCCGGCUAUGAGCUAUCAGCGCCUCGACCCCGGUUUGUUCCCCGGAGCUGAGAGCCCCCAUCUUCAUUCCUUCGACGGAGGAAACGGACUGAAGCAGACGGUCGACUAUGCCGGCCUCCAGGACUCAUCCUGCUCCACCGCUCGUGUCAAGAGCGACAAGUCUCUGUACUGGCGUCCUACCUUGUUCUUCAAGAGCGACGCCGGCUUCCAGCGUGUUCCCGAGAAGGCGACCAAGAUCUACUACAAGUACGGUGAUGGAAACAACUGGGCAAACGUCACUGCAUACCCAAAAGGUUUCAACAUGGUUGCUGGAAAGCCCAACAGACGCAGCAACAGUGACGACAACGCAGCCGGUGUCCGCUGGGGCUGCCACCAGCCUGACGGCGGCGAGACUGCUAUCUUCGAUAACGGUUUCCCCAAGGGCUUCACCUCUUGCAAGUUCGGCUUUGCCUCUGAAGUCACCUAUCCUUCUUGCUGGAACGGACAGCCCAUGGAUCCCAAAGAUGGCUAUGCGCACAUGGCUUACCCCAACGGCAACAGCGGUGUUGGUAUUGAGAACUGCCCCGUCACCCACAGAGCCGCACGCUUCCCCACUCUUUUCAUCGAGUACUGGUGGGACAUUUCGUCGUUCAAGUUCGGUCCUGAUGAGGCUCCUUGGGUCCUCUCUAACGGUGAUGCCACUGGCUACGGCUUCCACGCUGACUUCAUGAACGGAUGGGACGAGGGUGUACUUGACAAGGCCAUCAGCGAGAACGACGGCUGCAAGUGUGGCUGUGGCUGCGGUCAAGAACAAAUGGAGCAGUGCUUUGGCUCCGCCAACGUCAACAAGGACAGUGAUGACUCCUGGGCAAGCUGCUCUGCCGCCGAGUCCCGUAUGUCGAACGAUUCAGAGAUCCUGGAUGCCCUUCCCGGCUGCAACCCCGUCCAGUACGGUCCUGCCUCUGCUACCCCUGCCUCCGGCGCUGGCUGCAACGCUGCCCCAGCUGCCCCUACCGGCAACAAGAGCACUCAAGCCUCAUCCCCAACCGCAACCCAGACUCCCUCUGGCAACGCCUCAGCCCCCGCCGACUACAAGCCCACCUCCAAGGCCUCUCCCGCCGUAACCCCCGAAGCCACCAGCUCCCCCUCCCCCUACCCCUCCUACGCCGCCGGCCUCCCCGACAAGGGCGUUGACAAAGAGGAAUCCGGCGACUACGACGCCGCACAGCCAACUCCCAUCGCUUCUCCCACCGGUCCCUCCGCCCCAGCUGAUAAGACUCCCAGCCCAGUCGCUGGCGGCGCCACCAGCGAUGAUGAAGAAGAGGGAGACUGCAAGCCCCCCGUCACAGUCACAUACACACCUACCGUCACCGUCACCGCCACCGCUGCAAACGUCGCAGACGCAUCUAUCUGCACUGGUGCACCGACUGUGUACAAGACCUUGACUGAGACGGUUACUGUACAGGCUUCGGGCACCAAGGAGACUCCCGCCUCGUACUAAGCUAUCCAUGCUAGCCAUACAAUUGUUGGUCAUUUUGGACCACUGUGUAGGGUCUGCAGCGCUGCAUAUAGGGGUGGUUUGUCACUCGUUUUUUUCUUUGAACCACACUCAAGGAUGGAUUUAUCUUCAUCUUUCACCUUCAUUGUAUAUAUGUAUUACCUGCCAUGACCGAGAGGAGAAAUAAAUGAAUAAGAUUGGAGUUGAAAGAAUACUGUGG